AUGGCAUCUCACCUGCGCCAAUUCGCCUCCGAGGCUACGAAGAAAGUCACCGGGCUGGUCAAGCGAAUUGAUAUCCCCCUAACUGCUCAAAGUCCUGCCGGCCUUGUGCAGGCUCAUUAUGUUGACCCCUGGGAGAAAUCCGGCAAGUAUGCUCUGGGAUGGACAUACUUUGCUGUCGCACUCAUGCUAUCCGUUUUUGUGGUGCGUCUGUGGCAUUUCUGGCAGGAUAAGAUUCGCCAGGCCAUGUACAAGCAACAGCUCGAAGAACACUACAAAAAUCUGUACAAUGUUGAUGCUGCUUAUGUUAUGGCCGCUAUGCGGACUGGACAGGCCCAGCAAUUCUUUCCAGAAGGCGAGAACGGCGACGAGAAGGGAUUCCGACCCAAGGAGAACAUGUCCUCUGUAACUAUUGUCAACGAUGUCUUGGCGCUGUUUCGAUGGGUUUUCUAUCGCCCAAUUCCAGAUUUUACCUGGGGAAAGCGACGCAUCACCUUCUCCUCCCUGGCUGUCCUCACUUGCGUCUUGAUUGCCACCGUUUUCGUUACACUCUAUUGCUUUCUGAAGUCCCCCUUAUACUGGCAGAGCAUCCAAUUCGGCUCUCCACCCUUGGCUAUUAGAGCCGGCAUGAUUGCCGUUGCCAUGACGCCCUGGAUCAUCGCAACUAGCAUGAAAGCGAACAUUGUUACAAUUAUGAUUGGCAUUGGGCCAGAGCGGCUCAAUGUAUUCCACCGAUGGCUUGCAUAUAUCUGCCUGUUCCUUGCGUUGGUACAUACAGUCCCCUUCUACGUUCAACCCGUUUGGGAUGACGGUGGCAUGAAAGUGUUCCAAAGACUGUUCCCUGGUGGCAGUGGAGUUAUCUACGGAACAGGUAUUGCUUGCCUGGUUCCGCUUAUCUGGCUCUGUGUUGCAUCCCUCCCCUGGAUAAGAAGGAUCGCUUAUGAAGCUUUCGUUCUUCUUCACAUUCCCGUUGCCAUGGUAUACAUUGGCGUUUUGUUUUGGCAUACCAAGAACUUCUUGAUGUCUUGGGGUUAUCUCUAUGCUUCUGUCGGAAUAUGGGUAGUGUGCUACUUUAUGCGAUAUUUCAAGCUCAAUUGGCUCAAGCCAUGGAGGCUGGCCUUCAUGGUAGGCGACGAGGCCGCCAUCACCCUAAUGUCGGAGAACGCUAUCAAGAUCACGAUUCCCACCCAAAUGCGCUGGAAGCCGGGGCAAUACGUCUACCUGCGCAUGCCUGGCAUUUCAUUCCUGGAUAACCACCCUUUCACCAUCGCAUCGCUCUGUAGCGACGACUUUCCUUCUGAGUAUGGGGAGCAAUACAGAGACUGUGUUCUUGUAUUCAAGCCUUAUGCUGGUUUCACCCGCAAAGUUCUUAACACAGCCAUCGAGAAGGGGCCGUUCCACACGUAUCGAGCAUUUUUGGAUGGGCCAUAUGGCGGUAUGCGCCGCGAUCUGUCAGCCUUUGACACUUGCAUUCUCGUUGCUGGCGGCAGUGGUAUCACCGCCUUGAUGUCCCAGCUGUUGAAUUUGAUCAAGAGAAUGCGUGAUGGCAAGGCCAUCACCCGUAAAGUCGUGGUUGUAUGGGCGAUGAAGAGACUUGAAGCGAUGGAUUGGUUCCGUGAGGAGCUUCGGAUUUGCCGAGACUCUGCACCCCCCGAGAGUGUGACUUGCAAGUUCUUUGUCACAGCAGCAGUCCGAAGGCGGCCUGGGCACGAGACAGAUCCCUUGGCUAGGCCUACGGGCGACAGGGCGCUGACUCAUGCUUUCCAUGACAAGCUGGAUGGAUUCGUUGCUGGAAUUGCUUCCAAGCGCAACUCAGCUAUGAUCCACUCCGAGGCCCAGGGUGAUCCUGAGAGGGAGCAGCAGCUGCGUGCUGAAGACCAGGACCGCAUCACUGCUCUCCCCCAGCAAAAGUAUCUCCAAUCACAUAUUGCUCCCGCCCCCCCCAAGCCGCAACAAAACCAAGGGAAACUCAUCUCUCCUAUCGAGGAUGAUAACCAGCAGAGAUUUGACGCUUACGGAUACCCCUUGGAUAAGAAACCAAUAGAGGACCCCAUCGAGGAGGUUCAGGAUCAGCAGUUCCACUUCCCCCCCAUCGUGGAGGAGCACCCCCCUCAUUUCAACUAUGCGCCGGCCUCCCCCAAAUUUCCUCCGGGAUCCAAUCCGGAACAGCAGAAAGGAAGCCUCCCUGUCCGGGCUCCUGAACUUGCUCACCUGCGGACGACAGAUCUGCCACCACAAGAACAGAAGCCGAGACCGACAUCAACAUUUGGGCCUCCAUCCGGCUUUGAGUUUGGAUUCCCCGAGACUCCAACCGAGUUUCAGAAGAACCUCAUGCGAUUCGCGUUCCCCGUGCCUCAUGAGAUUGAUGGUGGCUGGAGCGUCGAAUAUGGCCGGCCGGAUCUUUCCUACAUGCUCAAGGAGUGGGCGACGGGUGGCACUGACGGGCGAGGCAUCCUGGGCAGGAGAACGGCGGUGUUCGUAUGUGGCCCACCGGCAAUGAGAGUCGGCGUUGCCAAUACGGUGGCGCGGCUCCAGGCUGGCAUCUGGGGCGACGAUGCGCUGGAAGAGAUCUUCCUGCACACAGAGAACUAUGCUCUGUAA